CAGUAUGUCUCCCCAGCCUGGUUCAUCCUGUGCCUCCUCCACGGACCAGGUCUCCAGUAGGUCUCCCCAGCCUGGUUCAUCCCGUGCCUCCUCCACGGACCAGGUCUCCAGUAGGUCUCCCCAGCCUGGUUCAUCCCGUGCCUCCUCCACGGACCAGGUCUCCAGUAGGUCUCCCCAGCCUGGUUCAUCCCGUGCCUCCUCCACGGACCAGGUCUCCAGUAUGUCUCCCCAGCCUGGUUCAUCCCGUGCCUCCUCCACAGACCAGGUCUCCAGUAUGUCUCCCCAGCCUGGUUCAUCCCGUGCCUCCUCCACGGACCAGGCCUCCAGUAGGUCUCCCCAGCCUGGUUCAUCCUGUGCCUCCUCCAAGGACCGGGCCUCCAGUAGGUCUCCCCAGCCUGGUUCAUCCUGUGCCUCCUCCACGGACCAGGCCUCCAGUAGGUCUCCCCAGCCUGGUUCAUCCCGUGCCUCCUCCACGGACCAGGGCUCCAGUAGGUCUCCCCAGCCUGGUUCAUUCCAUGCCUCCUCCACGGACCAGAGCUCCAGUAGGUCUCCCCAGCCUGGUUCAUCCCGUGCCUCCUCCACGGACCAGGCCUCCAGUAGGUCUCCCCAGCCUGGAUCAUCCCGUGCUUCCUCCACGGACCAGGCCUCCAGUAGGUCUCCUCAGCCUGGUGAGUCCGGUGCCUGCUCCAUGGGCCAGUCCGGGGCCUCCAGCGAGGGUACCCAGUCCGGGGCCCGCAGCGAGGGUGCCCAGUCCGGGGCCCGCAGCGAGGGUGCCCAGUCUGGGGCCCGCAGUGAGGGUGCCUAGUCCGGGGCCCGCAGUGAGGGUGCACAGUCCGGGGCCAGCAACGAUGGUCGGUCAACGUGCCGCACCAGAACCGCCACCGCGAAUAGAUGCCCACCCGGAUCCUCCCCUAUAGGUUCAGGUUUUGCGGCCGGAGUCCGCACCUUUGGGGGGGGGGGGUACUGUCAUGCCCUGACCUGAGAGAGCCUUUUUAUGUCUCUAUUUUGGUUUGGUCAGGGUGUGAUUUGGGUGGGCAUUCCAUGUUUUGUUUUUUAUGUUUCUUUAUUUCUGUUUUGGCAGGAAUGGUUCUCAAUCAGGGACAGCUGAAUCAUACUUUUCCCUCCUUUCUGUGUGGGUAGUUAACUUUGUUAGUGGCACUAUAGCCCUGUUAAGCUUCACGGUCGUUCCUUUUUUUGUUGGCAACAUUUUAUGUCAAUAAAAGAAAAUGUACCACGCUGCACCUUGGUCCGCUUCUUACGUGACACUGGAUAGCUUUUCAGAAUUAAUCGAUAAAUUGGCCCACAUGGAAAACUAAAGGCACAAAAACCGUAUAUGACUUGGUAACAGGAAAUGUAUUUAUUUCCAUGACAGAAUUAAAAAGUAAUUUUGGACUGACCAAUGUACAUAGUUUCAAAUACUAUCUACAUUGCAACUUAUAACGAAAUUUCGAGGUAAAUCUUGAGGUAAUCUUGUUUUUUAUUUGUAUUUUUUCCCCCUUUUUUCCCCCAAUUUCGUGGUAUCCAAUUGUUUUAGUAGCUACUAUCUUGUCUCAUCGCUACAACUCCCGUACGGGCUCGGGAGAGACGAAGGUUGAAAGUCAUGCGUCCUCCGAUAUACAACCCAACCAAGCCGCACUGCUUCUUAACACAGCGCGCAUCCAACCUGGAAGCCAGCCGCACCAAUGUGUCAGAGGAAACACCUGUCAACCUUGGUUAGCGCGCACUGCACCCGGCCCGCCACAGGAGUAGCUGUGGACGACGCUAGGCCAAUUGUGCGUUGUCCCACGGACCUCCCGGUCGCGGCCGGUUGCGACAGAGCCUGGGCGCAAACCCAGGGUCUCUAGUGGCACAGCUGGUGGCACAGCGCCCUUAACCACUGCGGGAGGCCUGAGGUAAUCUUGUUUUGAGUCAUAAAAAGAUGUUCAUACGAUAGGUAAGAUAUAGAAAACCUUGCAGAGAGCCUAUCCAUCUUAGAAAAAAUAUAAACUAUUGAAACCAAGAUUUAAAAAUAACUGAUGUUGGCAUAAGAUGGAGGGAAAGUUGGAGCAUAACUAACAAAAUUACAGUUAACAAAAAUGUAUGCUUAAAUAAUCCAGUAUAAACCAAAGUACAGUAUAUACCGUGCCUUGCGAAAGUAUUC